AUGUCAUCGGAGGGCGGCGGUGCAGCAUCUAGCGCUCUGCUCCGGCGGUCGGCGGAGGACGCCAAGCGCGACGCCAGGCAAUGGGCCGCUACGACCGAGGAGGGCGAGCCGGCGGCGGCGGCACGCGCCAACGAGGGCGCGGAGGAGGCGGCCGAGGGGGGCGGGCAGGUGUACCGCGCCGGCGGCGCAGGCGACGCGGCGCGGCUCAUCGACGUUGUCCGGAACGCCGCCGGCGCGGGCCAGGUAACGGCGCGGUCGGCGGAGCUGCUGGCGAUGACGCAGCAGCUCUGCCGGUUUCAGCAGUCGGCGCUCUCGUCGGCGGCCGAGCUCGAUGCGACGGUGGUGGCGGGCGAGGCGGGGCCGAGGCGGGUAAUCCUCGCGGGGUCGACCCUCUCCGGGGCGGCGCUGCCGCGGCAAGAGCAGUCGAUCGCCCUCCUCAUCAUAUGCCGCCAGCUCGAUCAGGCCCGGCAGGGCGGCGACGCCGGCGACAGCGGCGACGCCGGCCAGCUCUGUCUAUUCGUCGGCGGCGAGGGCGAGGACCUAUCGAGCCAGCUACUAAUCACGGCGACAUCGGGGACGGCGGCGGCGCGGAUCAACGGCAUCACCCUGCACUCGGCCUGCGGCCUCUUGGGCGAACGCUUCGUCGACGGCCGGUCGCGGAUGGACUGGCAGGAGAAGGAGGUGCUGGUGAUCGACGAGGUCAGCAUGCUCGGGGCGCGCACGCUGCACGCGUUCCGGCCGGUGCAGGAGCGGUCGAUCCUGCUGCCGAGCGCGGCGGUGCCGUGGGACGCGGACGGCGCGUUCGCGGCCGAGCGGCGGCGGCAGCACGAUAAGGCGCACGCGCUAUGGAGGAAGUUUACGACGGUCGUCAUGCUCGACGAGCAGAUGCGCGCCGCCGGCGACCCGGAGCUACGGCGGCUGCUCGGGCGGAUCCGGCGGGGGGAGCAGGACCGGUCGGACCUAGACCUCCUCAACUCGAGGUGCUACCGGGCGGGCAGGCGGAUACCGUGGGAGACUGGGGUGACGGUGGUGACGCCGCUUAACAGGAAUCGCUGGAACCUCAACCCAGAGGCGGCCCUCGCGUUCCGGGCCCGGCAACGGACGGCGGCGCGCAUCUUCGUCUCCGAGCAUAAGUGGAGGGACGGCACGCCGACGGAGGAGGAGGCGGUGCUGAUGCUAGGCCAGGGCGACGACAGCGCGACUCCGGUGCCGGCCGUCUUCCUCUUCGUGCCCGGCAUGCCGGUCGUCGUGAACCAGAACACGCACCAGGGGCUGAAGCUAGUGAACGGCGCCGGGUACACGGCGGUCGACGUCAUACCCGACCGGGCCUUCCCCGGCCACCGGGUCUCGGCGGAGCUGACAAUGCACUUCGGGCCGCCGGUCGGCAUGGUGCUGGCCUCGGAGACGACCAAGGAUUUCCACUUCGUGGGGAUGCCGUCCGGGACGAUCCUGCUGACGCCCAUCAGCGUCAAGAUCCAGGCCCAGCGGAAGCGGCCGUGGCAGCGGAACGACGUGCAGGGCGGGACGCUGGAGCGCGUGGCGCUGGAGCUCCGGGGGGCGAGGACGACGACCGUCGACGGGCGCGCGGUACCGUCGCCGUGCGACCCGUAUAGCCUAUACGUGCAGCUAUCGCGGUGCCCGACGCUCGACGGCAUCAUGCUCGUGUCGGAGGUGCGGGAGAGGGACCUGGUAGGGAACAGGGUGCCCGAGGAGAUGACGGCGGCGCAGGCACGGCUAGAGAGGCUCAGUGAGAGGACCGUCGGGAGGCGCUACGCUGGCUCGGCGAUGACCUCCCGGGCCGCGGGAGGGACAAGACGAGACUGGGGGGGGAUAAAUAGAUAG